UCACACACUUCCCCUCCACAUAUCCAAAUUUGGCAAUUAUCCAUUCCUAUCUUCUCUAUGCCCCUUAUUAACCAAACCCCUCAAUUCAAAUUUAACCCCUUCAAUCCCACAAAAUCAACAAAAAUAAAACAUGAUUAUAAAUCUCCCCUCUUCCUCUCCUUCUUGUUCUCUCUCACAAUUAAUUAAUUCAAAACCAAACAUUUCAAGAUUCCAACUCAAGACCAAAACUCACUUCUCAAGAUCUUUAUCUUUUCAUUCCAAGAAUCAAUUUUUACAUCAAAAGAACAAAUACCAACUUGGUAGAAGAAAUAAUUUCAAGAGUUUUGCAAUUCCAGGACUUGAUUUUGGUGGUUUUGAGAGUACACAAUCAGUUCUUGAAGCAGUUGGUGUAUUAACAGCUAUUAUUGUAGUUCAUGAAAGUGGUCAUUUUCUUGCUGCUUCUCUUCAAGGUAUUCAUGUAAGCAAAUUUGCUGUUGGAUUUGGUCCAAUCUUAGCUAAAUUUAAUGCUAAAAAUGUAGAGUAUUCACUUAGAGCAUUUCCUCUUGGUGGUUUUGUUGGUUUCCCUGAUAAUGAUCCUGAUAGUGAUAUUCCACCUGAUGACAAAAACUUACUUAAAAAUAGACCUAUAUUUGAUAGGGUUAUUGUUAUUUCAGCUGGUGUAAUAGCAAAUAUAAUAUUUGCUUAUGUUAUAAUAUUUACACAAGUGUCGUUAGUUGGAUUGCCUGUUCAAGAAUCAUUUCCAGGGGUUCUUGUACCUGAUGUUAGGCCUUUUUCAGCUGCAUCUAGAGAUGGAUUACUUCCUGGUGAUGUAAUUUUAGGUGUUAAUGGAAUUAACUUAGGGAAAAGUGGGCCUGGGCCUAGUUUGGUAUCUGAAGUUGUUGAUGUAAUCAAGAAAAGCCCAAAGAGAAAUGUGUUGUUGAAAAUAGGAAGAGGAGAAGGGAAUGUUGAUGUUAGAGUUACGCCCGAUGAGAAUUCGGAUGGUACGGGUAGGAUUGGUGUUCAGCUCUCGCCGAAUUUCAAGAUUUCGAAAAUUCAGCCGAAGAAUAUACUCGAGGCGUUUAGCUUCUCUGGAAGAGAGUUUUGGGGUCUUACGUAUAAUGUUUUGGACAGCUUGAAACAGACGUUUAUGAACUUCUCUCAAACGGCUAGUAAGGUAUCGGGUCCUGUUGCUAUUAUAGCUGUUGGUGCCGAAGUUGCAAAGUCGAACGUUGAUGGGCUUUAUCAAUUUGCUGCUGUUCUGAAUAUCAACCUUGCGGUGAUAAAUCUCCUUCCUUUGCCGGCUUUGGAUGGGGGUACUUUGGCAUUGAUACUCGUGGAAGCAGCUAGAGGUGGAAAAAAACUUCCUUCAGAAGUAGAGCAAGGGAUUAUGUCAUCUGGAAUCAUGUUUGUGUUAAUUGUUGGACUGGUCCUUCUUGUCCGUGAUACUCUGAACCUUGAUUUUAUCAAGGAUAUGUUAUAAACAGUUGUUCAUAAUCUGGAAGAAUUGAUAUUGAGAAAUUUACAGACAACUUGAACAUAGCUCUUCCUUCCAAGACAAACGUUGCAAGGUACUUGACUUCUCAUUGAUUUCAAUUUAUUUCAGAUACACGGAUAUUCCUGAACAGUUAUGUUGGUAUCACUGGCUCAAAAGAGAAACUCCUUGCUCGUUUCACUAUACAAUGUAUAUGGAAAUUUAUACGAGUACAAUGUGUUACUUUCAUAUUCUUACUGUUUGCCACGGAAGCUGAGGAAACGAGGGGAGGAGCUGUUAUAAAACUUGGGAAACUGGUCAUAAAAUUUGGUUAUAGGUUUCCUUUUUGUCUAAAGAAUCUAUUUUAACACAAAGUUGAACUUGGCUUCUCCUGUUUAUGUCUCAAUUAAUAUACAUGAUACAGAUUUGUCUUCUUAUGUCUCAAGAGAUCUCAUUUCCUCUCUUCGGGAGAAAUGGUUCAUUAAGUAGGUAGGUCCAUUUUGCGCAAAAGUUAGUAUUUUCUUGUAGCCUGUGUAUUCUAUAUUGUACUUUCAACACUCUGACGAUCCAUGAUGAGUCUAA